CCAGUCUCUCUCGGUCUCUCCACGCCGGCAAUCGAACGCACGCGGACGAACCCGAGCCGUGGAGAGGGGCAGGCGGCGAGAUGACGGCGGGGCACAAGAGCGGGGGCGGCGGCGCCGCGGCCGCGCGAGCAGCGGCGGCGGGACCGAGGACGGUGCUCAUCACUGGGGUCAGCCGCGGGCUGGGCCGCGCGCUCGCCAUGGAGCUCGCGCGACGGGGCCACUUCAUCGUCGGCUGCAGCCGCUCCGCCGACCCCAUCCGUUCCCUCGAGGCAGAGAUCGCUUUCCCGUCCCGCCACUUCCUCACCGUCGCCGACGUCGUAAUGCACUCUAUUCCUCUUCCUCACGAUCUCGUGAGGUCUGACAGUGGCAUGGCUGAGCUGGCAAAGGCUGUUGUGGAAAAGAAGCAAAUUCCCGAUAUCAUAGUAAACGGUGCUGGUACAAUAAACAAGAAUAACAAGACGUGGAAUGUUCCAGCAGAAGAUUUUGAUGCGGUGGUUGAUACAAAUAUUAAAGGAACGGCGAAUGUACUUCGCCAUUUUGUACCACUUAUGAUACAGAAGAAACAUGGGAUUAUAAUCAAUUUCUCCUCUGGUUGGGGAAGGUCAGCUGCUGCAGAGGUUGCUCCUUAUUGUGCUUCAAAGUGGGCUAUUGAGGGUUUAACACGCUCCUUAGCCAAAGAGCUGCCUCCUGGAUUGGCUGCCAUUGCUCUUAGUCCUGGUGUUGUGAAUACUGACAUGCUUAAUUCAUGCUUUGGAAGUUCAGCUGCGCUAUACCAAUCGACUGAACAAUGGGCACCCAAGGCAGCUACAAUGGUUCUAAGCCUUUCACUGGAAGAUAAUGGUGCCUCACUCACUGUUUGAUGGCGUAGCAAAUCUAUGUGUUGGAUCAAUAGAUAUUGGAUUCCCCUGUAGUUUUAACUUGUAGCUGUUGCAAUAUAACGUUGUGCUAGUAAGUCGACUGAUAAAUGCGGUUCUGCUCUCCAGUUCGCCUCACUGUGGUCCGAAAAUAUGAUAUGUUUAGAACCGCUUCUCAGCCGGACCUGGACGGCUUGCUUUUCAAACAGCUUCUUCAAGAAGCCAAAGCCCCAGUUGAGCUAACAAAAGCCAUUGCUUGUCGGUAUCUCUAAUCUCAUGUGAUUUGUUUU